AUGUUAUUCAAACGCCCCCCCAAUGAAAAGGGAGCCGCAUGGCCAGCCAUCUUGGUGGGUUUGUUCGCCUCCUUUGGCGGCAUUCUCUAUGGAUAUGAUACCGGGACCAUUUCGGGUAUCCAGACUAUGCCCUACUGGCUUGAUGAAUUCGAUCAUCCUAGCGAAGGCCGCAUCUCCCUGAUUGUUUCCAUUUUGUCCGUUGGAACGUUCGUUGGCGCCCUCGCGGCGGGAAUCAUCGCAGACAUUACCGGCAGAAGAUGGGGAAUCAUCCUCUCAGUCAUGCUGCCUUUCAAUCUCGGUGUAGCUCUUCAAACUGCUGCUACGGCGCAACCUAUGUUUAUUGCUGGUCGCUUUUUCGCCGGUCUCGGAGUCGGUUUAGUUUCCACCCAAGUUCCCAUGUACCAAUCCGAAACCCUACCUAAAUGGAUCAGAGGCGCAGUUGUGGGAUGCUACCAGCUCUGCAUCACAAUCGGCCUCUUCUUGGCCGCUAUUAGACCUAACGCGAUCGCAGGAAGCUAUCGCAUCCCACUUGCCAUUCAAUUCGCAUGGGCAAUAAUUCUGGCUGGAGGCCUUCUCUGUCUCCCAGAGACCCCUCGUUUUCUGAUCAAAAAAGGCAACGAAGCCCAAGCCCUGAAAUCGCUGGUGUUCCUUCGUCGCUUGGAUCCUGAGGAUCCGCAUAUUAUCGCCGAGCUGGCAGAGUUAAAGAGCAACUGGGAGUAUGAACAGUCCCUUGGUUCUGCUUCGUACAUUGAAUGCUUCAAGGGUACCAUCGGCAAACGCACCAUUACUGGAAUUACACUCCAAUCACUUCAGCAACUCGUCGGCAUCAACUUCAUCAUCUAUUAUGGCACGAGUUACUUCGCCAAGAAUGUUGAAGGCCUGCCAGACUCUUUCAUCUUGCAGGUGAUCGUGAACUCUGUCAAUGUAGCCAUGACGCUUCCAGGCCUUUGGGCAGUUGAUCGCUUCGGACGCCGCCCAGUUCUUCUGAUCGGGGCUCUUGGGAUGGGUGUCUCCCAAUACAUCGUUGCGGCCUGCGGUGCCGCAACCCCGACCACGAAUUUCACGUCGCAAUGCGCCCAAUUUGCUUUUAUCUGCAUAUACGUGUCGUUUUUCGCAUCCACAUUUGGCCCCUGCGCUUGGGUCGUCACGGGAGAGAUUUUCACGCUGCAGACGCGUGCCAAAUGUCUUUCUAUGACCACUGCUGCGAACUGGUUCUUCAAUUGGCUUCUUUCUUUUAUCACUCCAUACCUCACAGGAGCACUCAACCCAACCCAAUCCAACGUGUUCUGGAUCUGGGGUAGCUUCUGCUGGAUCGCAUUCGUGUUCGUCUACACAAUGAUAUAUGAGACUAAGGGGCUGGCCCUUGAGCAGGUUAAUGAGCUCUACGAAAAUGAACCAAGGGCAUGGAGGAGCCUUGGUUACCGCUCCGAACUCCGAACGCUCUCUUUUGCUGAAGCACACGACAAGAGUUUGGCUAAUGAAGAUACGAAGCCUUCAGAGUUGGCUCUCGAGGAUGUUGAAAAGGCCUGA